GCGGGGCAGAGGGAAGAGUGAAAAUGCGCGAUAGAUUGUGGUGGUUGUGUGCAGUGUGCAUCUCUCUCUCUCUCUCUCUCUCUCUCUCUCUCUCUCUGUGGGUGUGUGCGUGUCUCUCUCAACACAUGAAGUCGUGUGAGCGUAAAGCGCCGCACUUACUCAUCUCUAAGUCAAGGCUUCAGUUGCCGCCUUCACUUUAACUCCCUGCAGUGAAUGGCCAAACUCUCUGUUAUACCCGGGGAUCGGGAUGUAGCUGUUGUGUCAUUACCCAGGCGUUUUAAUCCUGCACCAUUCUCCCCGUCAAAACUGGUCCCGCUGUCAUUUAUGCUAGCACAGAGUUUAGAACAUCUUGCACAUGCGCACUUCACAAAAAUAUAGACUGAUGUUCUGUUAAAGUCAAUAUAAACCGACACAACGCACUCAUCGAUCAGGAAAGCUAGAAGAGUAUCACAGGGUUGGGGGAGAAUGAGGGGAAUGAGGUGAAAGCAGUGUAAUAUUGAAGGUGGAGCGUGGGCGCCGGCAGCGAAAGUAAAACGCCGCGAAAAAUGUGGUGGUGUAGCAUGUGAUGUCACGAGGCUACCAGCAGCCGCACGGCACUAGGUUAGUUGAGGUAGGACCAGCGGCUGCAAAGCAUGUACUGCUUUCCCUCUUCCUUGUGCCUCGCUACCUACACGUACAGCUGUCCGGAAACAGUCUACCGAUGGAUAUAAAGACUGUCCACUGUCUCCAGUGCUCCGCAAGAGAUCAUUUCUCGGCCUCGUCCGAAGUUUGUUGCUGUGAAGUGAUGGAGUGUUACAAGUGAAGCUGUAGUGAUGAGUUUGAUGAAGGGACACUCGGGAGAUAGUACUCAUCACAAGGGUGCAGACCAAUGCAGUGGUGGUGGUAGUGGUGGUGGUGGUGGCGCUGACAGGAGUAACAACACCUCAAGCCAGCUGGACCCGGAGCCCAGCACGUCAACAGCCGACAUGGGAGGAGAUCAGAAGUUUUCGAGAAUCUGCUUCGCUGUGGUGGUGGGUAAUGUGCCUGAAUGAACGGCGCUACCAUGGAGAAGCGUGGAGGGAACCAAGGGAGCGAGGAGCAGAGUGGGUGAGUGGCGAAGCGGGGACCAAGACGGGACGGAGCCACCUCUUCCAGAUCCUCGAGGGAGAUGAGGAACAUGGCAGAGAAGAUGCGGCGGGACAGAUUGAACAGCUGUAUCAAUGAGCUGGCGGGGAUCGUGCCUCUGUGCUCGGGCUCCAGUAAGCGCCUCGACAAGACCUCCACUCUCAGACUGGCCGCCAAUUACAUCUGCAUGCAUAAACUGUUAAUGGGAGAGGAAAAUGGAGAUGAGAAGGUGCCGCCAGCCUUGGGAGGAAACAUUGCCCACAAUUUAGCAGAGGCUGUCGGGGGAUUCCUGCUGGUGGUCACCUCGACUGGCAAAGUUAUCUACGUCACUGAGGCCAUUGAGCAGUUCUUGGGCCACAGUCAGGUGGAUUUGCUGGGCCAGAGCAUCUACAAUGUGAUCCAUCUAGAUGAUCAUGAAAUAUUCCAGCAGCAUCUCAUACCCAAAGGCAGCGGGAGAGUGUCCUUCUUCUGCCGCAUGAUGGAGAAGGCUUUAACCCGCAACGACCCAGGCCGCUAUGAAAUCAUCCAUGUUGUAGGGCAGCUCAAGCCCAUCCCUGCCUCAGCCAACACUAUUCCCGCCUCACCAUCCACCUCAGUGGUGUCUCCUGGGGCAAGGUCAAACAGUGAUACUGAUGAGAACUGUGACUCGGAUGGGGAAUCGGACAACCAGUCUCUGAAGGCAUCAGUCAACAGGAUUGGAACUCACAUCCUGAUCAGCUUCGUGAGGGUUGUCAAGGACCGGCCCAUCACUGAGCUCUCCCUGGUUGAGUCCACACUGGAUGAGUACAUCACCCGACAUGGCCUGACUGGAAACAUCCUCUACACAGAUCACAGAAUUUCAUUUGUCACGGGGUUGAUGCCAUCAGAUGUCAUUGGGAAGUCAGCGUUUUCCUACAUGCACCCUGAUGACAGAGUGUGGUCCAUUGUUGCACAAAAGCUGAUGUUCUCUAGCACACAAGGCCAAGGCAUUGUGUCCUACAGACUAAAGUGUUGUGAUGGAUCUCUCGUCACCUUAAGGAGUAGAGGAUACCUGGAGGUGGACAAGCAGACAGGACAAGUAGAGUCUUUUGUCUGCAUCAACACUGUCGUAGGUAUUACGGAAGCUGAUGAGGAGAUAAAGAAUCAGAAACGAAAGCUUCUGCCUAUAAUAAGCUCACAGGACUGCGAUGAACACUUGAAGUCCAUCUCCAACACGUUUCCACAAGAACUCCUCAAAGAUGUGAUGCCAAUGCUGACUCCAGAAGCACUGCAGAAUUUGUGUGCCACUUUUCAAAUGAGUGAAAUGGAAGAAAGGGAAGAAAGGGCCAAAAUUACAGAACUGGACUCACCAGCACUACCAAAACAGAACUGUGGAGCUUCAUCAGGUGUAGUGAACAACUUCAAGGAAAGGAGAAGU